AUGUUUUGAGUUACACUUGGAAACUGUGAUAUGCUCUUCGUGACUUGUCACUUUUUGGUUUCAAAAAAUAUUAAUGUAUUGUUAUUUUCUUGAAACGGAGAGUAUCAUUAUCAUUUCUUAUUAUACUUGUGAUAAUAUACGUCAUGUACAGACAUCGGAAAAACUACAAAAGCGAUAAAGGGUAUAGAUUAUUUCGCCGCUUUCGUAUAUUCCGAUCCAGUGAUGAUGUUGACAAAGGAGAAGAUGACACUCCUCUUGACGACAUUCCUUCAGCAACCACUGAAGCUGCUAGUGAUGAAAAACCUGCUGUUAAGCGUCAGCUCAGUUUUGCUGUAUCUGAAACUUUGGGUGAAGAUGUUUUCAGAAGGUUUUUAGCUACUGAUGGUGUUUUAUGUUUUUGGAGAAAUUUUGCUUAUGAAGAUCAUGGACGUCCAUUUUUACGAGCAGCACAUGAUGCAAAUAUGGAAUAUGUUGCCAAUGUACUACAUCAACAGUGGAAAAUUAAAAGCCCUCGAAUUGUUCUUGUUGUUGUAUCCAAUAUUGCUCCUCUCCAUGAAUGGACAAAUAAAAGGCAAUUGGAACAUCUACAAGCGGGUAUCAUCAAGGCUGCUAAUACUACAGAAAUGUGGAUUUUUACUCCAGGUGCUAAUAUUGGGAUCACAAAAGUGAUUGGUGAUGCAGUACACAAUGAGCUUCUUAGAAGACAGGCUCUUUUAUGCCAUAAGCAUCCAAAUCAGUCUGGAACUGCUUUACCACCCUUAACUUUAAUUGGAGUUACCAGAGAAGAUCUUAUUAUCUAUGGGGAUAUGCUAGAUGGCCGAAUGCAGAGAGUUGAAAUUGAAAAUGAAGGCAACCAACCUGAAGAAAAUAAAUAUGAAUUGAAUCCUGAUCAUUCACAUUUUGUAAUUGUGAGAGACAGCACAAUUAAUAAGACUGGUAUAAAUCAUUUUUUAUUGAAAUUGGAGCAGUAUUUAGCAUCGUCUGAAUCUCUUCACUGUGAUAUUGAUGCGGCUACUCCUCGUCGUCAUCCUGAUGUAUGUUCAUUAUCAGCAAACGAAAUCCCAGUUGUAUCUCUUCUCAUUCAAGGUGGUUAUGAUUGUGCAAGAUUGAUUUUAGAACAUCUCAAAAAACAGUUGCCAGUGGUGGUGGUCCGUGGUAGUGGAGGUUUGGCAGAUUUAUUAGCAUAUGCCUAUUAUGAAGUUUCAGAAAGGCCCAGAGGCAUUCAAGAUGCUGAAUUUGUUGAAAAUUCUUUAAAGAGAGAACUGUUUAAUAAAAUUGCUCAUCAUUUUCCCCAGCUUAGAGAAAAUAAUUUAGCUAGAAAUCUCUUUCGUGAUAGAAUCAUGGAAUGUGUCCGUUAUUCUCAUCAAAAUGGCCAAGUGUACUUAACAGUUUUAAAUCUGCACAGUCAUACUUGCAAUUUAGAAAAUUUAGAUGAACAUCUUUUAAGAGCACUCUUUAAAUCACAAAGACCUGAUCAUACCAGUUGGCAUGCGCAAAUGCAGAAAGACUUACUAUUGACUUUAGAUUGGAACAGUCCUCAUGUGGCUAUGUCAGAAGUUUUCCUAAAAGAUCCAUCAAAUAAAUUUAAAAUUGAUAAAGACAUUUUUGAGCAAGCCAUAACUAGACUGAAUCGCGAAGAUUUUGUCGAUUUGUUCUUGCGGCAAGGAUUUCAAAUCCAUAAAUAUCUUACACCUAAGAGAUUGAGGCUUCUUUUCUUGCGAUGUAGAAGGCAAGAAUUUUUCCGAACCGUUUGCUGGGAAGGAGCUCUUGGACAUGGAUUGAUCACCAAAUUCAGCAAAACUUUCAUUGAUUCAGAUCUGAAUUUAUUGAUUGAGAUGUGCACAGGUAUCCACAAUUUCAUCAAUUCUCAAGAAAUGUCUGUAAAUGCAAUGGGCAUGUAUACAGUCGAUCCUUCAGCCGCAGAGCGAAAAUCAUUGUGCAUUUUAAUUCUGUGGGCCGUUUUCACCAACAAACCUAAAUUAGCUAAGCUGUUAUGGCAACAUUCUGAUCAACCUAUACAUGUUGCAUUGAUAGUGUCAAUGAUUUAUGAAAAAUUACAGGACUAUGUGAAUGACACAAAUGUAAAGCAAGAGUUGUAUACACUUAGUAGAGAAUUUUCUGAAAUGGCAACAAGCGUCCUGGACGCCAGUUACCAAGAUUCUUCUUGUAGAGCUUAUGAUGUUUUAAGUGAAGAAACUUCAGACUGGUCAUACAAAACAGCUGUAGACAUUGCUGCUAAUGCUAAAAAUCGCACGUUCCUUUCUCACACAUGCUGUCAGAAAUGGCUUUCCAAUUUGUUCUUGGGGAACAUCAGGAUAAGAGAUCUUACCUGGGGAGUCGUAACUUUUCCUCAAUGGUUUAAGGUUGUCUUAUGUGCUUUCCUCAUUUUCCCCAUGUAUAUUUGGAUACGCUUUAAAAUGGAUCCUCUACAGUCCUGGGAUUUGCAUACUGCUACUGAUAUUGAUUCUGAUGAUGAAAGAGAUGAGAGAGAUGGAGAAGAUGAAAUCCUAAUUGAGUCAAAUCAAGGAAAGGAUUGUGAUUUUAUAAGGCCUAAGGGUAGUGUUGUCUAUCUCAAGAACAAUGAUAAAGUCAGCCCGUUUGACUUUGGCCAUGGUCACCACAGAGAACAAGUUGCAACAUUAUUGCGUGAGAAAGAAGUCUUCAUCCAUUCCCCUCCUCCACUCUACCGAAUGAUUUACCUAAUGUGGAGUGCACCUAUUACAAAGUUUUGGACUUUUCAAAUAUUUUAUAUGAUAUAUCUAGGAUUUUUCAGCAUGGCUGUUUUAUGGCCAUCCUGUGGAAACAAAGAGCUUGACAUCAUUGUUUGUUCCUGGACAUCACUCAUUGCUAUUGAAUACAUUAGACGUACUUAUGUUUUGUAUAAAAAAUACACAAGUGUACCUUUGUUUUUCAAAUGUUUGGAGAUACUGUUAAUCAUAGCUUUUAUCAUUUUGUAUGUUUUGGGAAGAGUUUUGAAUGUUGGUGUAAUAUUUGAACCAUAUACUGGCAAAGUUAUACUAUGCAUUGGACUAUUAUAUUUUUUCUAUCGACUCAUUGCCAUAUAUUUGCCUAUUUCGCCAACAUUGGGACCACUUUUGUACAGAGUUCGACUUAUGGUUACAGUCGACUUUGUGAAUUUCAUGCGUAUGACAUUGCUUGUAAUCAUCAGUGGUGGAAUUGUACUUCAAGCUGUUUUGUAUCCUGAUUAUCCUCUUACACUUGAACUUUUUAGGCAAGCCUUCCACAGAGCUUGGUUUUCUCUAUUUCUAACACCAAUUGGAGAAUUAGAAGGUAAAGAUAGAUGCAAUGUUACAAAAUCGCAUCAUAAUGCAGAUUAUUGCAUUGUCGGCAAAUAUAAUGACUAUACAUGCCCCACCACUGGCUUAUGGCCAUAUUUAUUUGCAAUCCAGUAUUUUAUAUUCUUGAAGCUUAUAUUACUAACAUUACUAUACGCCUUGUUCAGUGCUACAGCUUCUAAGUUGGAAGCAGAAACUGAUGCUAUUUGGAGGUUUCAGCGCUAUCAGCUUGUUGUUGAUUUCACUAAUCGUCUUUGUCUGCCACCACCUUUAAGUAUUUUCAGUUACUUAAUAAUUGCAGUUCGCUUUAUAUAUCGAUGUAUAAUGUGUCGACUGUGCAAGAGCAGGGAUGAAGCAGAUAUCAAUGUAUUUUAUGAUUCAACAAAAGGUCAUCGCUUAUCAGAAAAGGAUUAUAAUUACUGGAGACUGUUGGCUCAAGAAUAUAUGAGAGGGAAAAAAGAAGCUGAAAAUGAGAAACACAUUGUAAAGAAACAGAUGGAAAUAAUGAUGACCAUAACUGAAGAUGUUGACUAUCAGAAGAAAGUCAUGCAUCAGCUUAAAAGUCGAAUGAAAGAAUUGGAUCGUAUGAUGAAUAAUUCACAUGUAUAUUUGGAAAAUAUCAAGCACCUAGUAGAAAAAAUUCAAGAGAGAGGUUUACAAAGUCAAGCUUCAAUACAUGUUUUGGCUCGUCAUACACCUUAUCCUGGUACAAGAGUACAGCGAUACCCUGUACCUGAUAAAUAUGUGCCUUGGGAAGUAAUGUGGACUGAUUAUGAUCCAGUUGCAUAUACUCGACCCAAAAGUGACUUUCCUGGUUCAUUGCAUCCCUAUGUGGAUGAAGACGUUCUUCUUCUCCGUGCGACUCAAGGCAUUGAUGACAGUCAGUUGCCAGUUUUUCAAUGGAACUGUCUCUCUUCCAAUCCUGCUGGAAUAAGCAUAGAUCGAACAUCCUGGAUUAUAGGAGAUCAAGGGACAAGUGUUGUUUAUAAACUAGACAGUGAAGGAGUUCCAAGGAAUAUUUAUGGAAGAACUGGUUUACGAGGUCGUGGUGCUUUAUGCCGAUGGGGCCCUAAUCAUUUUGUUCUUGUUAUAAUAACAAGGUGGCAAAAAGGUGGAGGAAGAGGUCUUGAAUUUGUUGUUAUGAGAGGUGAAAGAAGAGGGCAAUUGUCUUUACCUGGUGGAUUUGUGCCUGGUGAACAUAAAUAUGAAGCUGUUCGUAUUCUAUUCAAAGGAAAAGAAUCAAGUUUGCCUAUGUGGAAUUCACAAGAUGAUAUGUUAGAUUUCUUCAAAAGCUGUGCUGAAUCUCCUCAAGAAGAUGAAGAAGUUCCUACUGAAGUAAAAUGUGAAAUGGUCAAAAAAGGUUACAUGGAUGAUCCUUGGAAUACUGAUCAGGCAUGGAGGGAAGUUGAAUUGUGGCACAUUCAUUAUGUUGGAAAAGAAAAUCUGACACAAAAUUUCCAGGCUAUGUUGUCUUGGAGACUUAUUACGGAAGACGUUUUUAUAAAAUUGCCCUCAGGCCAAGCAGUUCUUCUUCAGGAUAUAACACAAAAGCUCCAACCUGUCAUAUUUUGAAAAUAUGUGUACUGUAAAAGUCUAUUUAUAACAUUGUAUCAAAUGUAUAUAAAUUGUUCUCAUAAAUUCAUAUUUUGUUCUCAUGUAAUCUAUUUGUAAACUUUCAGAUCUUGCUUUAUAUUAAAUGUUUUGUAAAAUGUUGAUAUUCCUACAAAAUCAUUGAACGACCAAAGAUCUGGUAGCAUCUGUACUUAUGGGUGAUUAUUUUGCAUAAUAUAUAAAUCAUAUGUUAUAACUGUAUAUAGGAUGUGUGAAUAUAUUGAAAAGUUGUAAAUGGGUUUGCUGAGUUGAGAAGCUGAUUAAAUGUUAAUCAAUCCUAAAAAAAUAGGAUUUUUAAGGAAAAUUAAGAGCAAUUUUUUUAGCACUUGUUUAAUAUUAAUAAAAAUUUUUUAACUGAUAUUAAUCAAUAGUGUUCAGAUGACUUUCAAUGAAUGCUGGCUUCUUUUAAAGAAAUUUUGGUUUGAAUCUCAAUUUAAUCAUACCCUUUAACAUAUUGCAUAUAUAAAUAUAUAUCCACUCUUGAAUUUAAAAGUAUUGAUUAUAGCAGACUUAAUUCAUUACAUUAGAGUCCUGUUAUACAACAUUCCAUUUUAACAAAUAUCAAUUCCAAAUCAUAAAUUGAAAAAUUAUGCUUUAAUUUUCAAUUACAUAUGACAGAUGAAUGUUUUAUUAUUUAUAGGGCUAAAUUUUUCUGCGUAUUUUUGUGUUUUAAUCUGUCAGAGUUAUAUAUCUAAAUUAAAAAUGCUUUAUAAUAACAGCUAAAAGAUAUAUAUAUUCUCUAUUUCAUCCCUAGAAAUGCUAAUCUUAUCAGUCAAUUUAAAGCUAAUCAUAAAGGUGGGCUAUUGAAAUUACUUUGAUAUGAACUGAAUAGAAAACCACAAAAAUGGAUGUGUUGUUUUUUACGAGAUAAUGUGAUAAAAUUAGAAAAACAUCAAACAAAAGAGAAGCAUUUUACUAUUAAACUUCUUUAAAUGGUUUUUUUUUUCUUUUUGUAUUUAUAGAUUUAUAGUAAUGCUGUUUUAAUUAAAAAAAGAUAGACCUGUAUGAUUACUUUGUCAAUUAUACAAUUUUCUUUUGAAUUGGAAUACAAUAUUUCAUGAAUUAGGGUUAUUUUAAAGUGUUUCUUCUUUUUUGCCUAUUAUAUGACAUCAAAAGUCUUGAUAAUCUAAACUACUAUAUUUAUUUUUUUAUCAAUUCAGCAAAAAUACUUUAUUUAAAUGAUUUUAAUAACUUUUCUUAUAAUAAGUGGAUAUAAUAAAGGAAAGAGUACUUAGAGCAACUCUGAAUGUUAUGCACUAUUGCUUCUUAUAGGUCUACAAUUUAAAAUGUUGAUCAACAUAAUAUGAAAUUGUAUUUUGUAUGUACUUUCUUAAAUAAUUUGUAUGAAAUCUGUUCAAUUUCUUAGCAAUGCAUUAUGUGUUGAUGUAGUGGAUUUUUUUAAUUCAUUUUUUUAACUCACUUUUGUAAAGAGAAUAUAUGUAUAUUUAUUUUUUAAGGCAGGUUUAUAUUAGGUGUGCACAUAAAUGCUACUGGUAGCUUUAAAACUUUCAUACUAAUGGUGACUUUGUUAUUCCAUGUUAAAUAUGUCAUUUUCAUAUGUAAAUAAUUUACAAACAGUGAAAUAUGUCCAGAAUAUUCGCCUUGUUAUUGCUGUUAUGUGCCUUUCAUGUAAAAUGUUGCAUUAAGAAAUAUUUCUUAGCUGCUUUAUUUUCAAUAUACCAAUGAAAGCAUUUUCUUGAAAUAUACGAUUCUUUUAUUCCAAUUCUUGAAAGAAUCAAAUAGUGUCCAAGGAAAUUUUACUCUAUAUAUAUUGCAAAAAUAUGUCUUUUGUAAAUGUGUAAAUUAAUCAUCAUAAAUUGUGAUGUGAAGUUGUUAAAAGUUAAUGAUUUUAGGACUGUGUAUGAAAUCUUUGAAUAUAAGAAUUAAUUAAACAUCAUUAUAAAUAAACAUUUUCCAACUGAUAUGAAUUAUGUAUAUAUCCAUAUAUAUAUAUAUAUAUAGAUAUAGAUAUAGAUAUGUGCAUUUUCAUUUAAAAAGAAUAAAAUAUCUAUUCUUUAAAUCGCCACCUUUGGCAACCAGUUGGUUUGCCAUGAAUAUCUGCUAUGUUUAAGUUCAAUUCAAUCUUAUGUGUAACUUGAUGUUUAUGAUUUCCUCAAUAAAGUUUAUUAAGCGUUAACUUUUGAUUGUCAUAAAAGCCAUUUUUAUAGCCUUACACAUAUUCUCUUCAUUAUAUAUAUGAACCAGUCUAUUGAAGUCCUGUUACAUGUUAUCAUAAGCAUUAUUAAAAGCCUGAAUAUGUGGGAAAGCUAUUUUCUUAUUGUAUUUCAUCUUUAUAUUGGACCUUCAACGUA